UAUAUCGCCAACUACCAGGCACAGUUCCCAUAUACGAUCACCAGAUCUCUAUACUCGCUGCACUGCCACGCCGAUAUCAUCAUGUCCGACGAAGAGAAACUCGAGUCUGCCCCAACCCUUAGCCCCGAGCCGCCGGCGCGACGAAGUUUCGUCCGGGGUUUCUCGCAGCAGCUCUCCGAGGACAUCAGCGCAAGCGCGGGGUCUAUACCACUAAUAGCAUGUUGCUUCGUAACGGGCCUCACCGACGGUACUCUGUAUAACGCCUACGGCACUUUCGUAUCGAUGCAAACUGGGAAUACCGUCUUCGUCGCGCUCGGCACCUCCGGACAAAACAACAAGCCUUUCGGAUGGGCUCGUUCUCUCUUCUCCAUAGGCUGCUUCACUCUAGGAUGCCUAUUCUUUUCCCGGUACCAUAAACUUAUCGGCGGCGGACGUCGUCGAAGGACCCUCUUCUUCUCAUUUCUGCUACAGACGGUCUUCGUCGUCGUAGCGGCAACCAUCAUCCAGACCGGCAUCGUCGACGGUACAUACCCCUCGCGAAGAGAUCCGACGGACGUAGACUUCCUCGAGCUUGCCCCCAUCGCAUUGCUCAGCUUCCAAGCCGCGGGUCAGAUCGUGAACAGCCGCGGGCUGGGAGUCAGCGAAGUUCCUACGGUGGUGAUCACAAGUCUGCUAUGCGACUUGGUGAGCGACGAGAAUAUCUUACAGCCGCUUACGAAGAACGUGAAGCGCAACAGAAGGGCUAUAGCUUUUGUACUCACGCUGCUAGGCGCGAUAUGCGGAGGUUGGAUAUCUAAAGCUACAGGUGCCGUACAGCCAAGCCUCUGGUUUGUCGCGGCUAUCAAGGCGGCAAUUACGAUCUCCUGGUUAUUUUUGGUGGGAGACAACGGGGAUUAAAGAACGGGCCUGGGAC